UCAGAGUUUGCAGCACCGGGAAAAGUACACAAACAUCCGUACACACCAUGACCGAAUCGGAACCCGUAAACGGUGUUGACGAUGCUAACGACAAAAAGCAGAAGAAAUCCUCCAAACAUGACAGCGGGGCAGCCGAUUUGGAGCGAGUAACAGACUAUGCCGAGGAGAAGGAAAUCACGUCCCACAACCUGUGUUCGAACGCCGCAAACCUAUUCGAAGCUAAGCGCAAUAAGGAAAAUGCUGAGAAGCUAGCCAAAGAACGCGAACUGCAGAAGGUGCAAGUGAAAAAGGAGGACAUAGAACUGAUCAUGCGUGAAAUAGAAACAACCCGGGUGAAAGCCGAGCAGACGUUACGGGAACAUCGAGGAGACCUGGUAGCUGCUCUGGAAGCACUGACGAACUAGCUGAAUUUGGCUGCCGGAUUGUGACCGUGUUUCAUUUGUCGUCGUAAUUCGUCGUUAGGCUCUAGAAAGGAAUCGGUGCAAAGAAAUAAAACAGGACAGGAACGAAUUUGUGCUUCGAG